AUGCUCCUCCCCCACUCAAACGAGGAAAACGACGGCAAAGAGACAGUCGCAGACAUCGAUAGAGGCACUGUAGACCUUACGGACUCAAACGGGCAUGCACACCGCAUACACAUCUGUCUUUGCGUCUGGGAUGACCCAGAUCGGGGUGGGAAGGGCAAGGUUAGUAGUAGCCUCCGCGGCGAGCGAACCAGACAGAAUAUGAAUUCAGAUAAUCUUCCAAAUGUUGGCGAAGUAGCUGUCAGCAAUGAGAACGCGAAUGGCGAUCAUCAGAAUCAGGAGAACGGGGAGAACAUCGUACAGCAACCAAACUACGAACAAGAACCAUCUUUUACGCUGACAAUGUCAGCGAUGGAAUGGUGGAACUAUGCCAUCGCAACGGCGCAAGACAAUCAGGAACAUAAUCAGGUCAAUCCGCAUGAACUGCCCUUGCUCCAUCUCCCUGUCCCUAGUAUGUCGCGUUGCGACAGGUGCUUGCUCACCCUCAUGAUUGAGGAAAGGCGUGAUAUUUUAAUGUGGCUAUGGCAGGAGAUGAAGGACAUGGAACGUGUGCUCAGGUUAGAAAAUAUGUGA